AUGAUCUGUCUUGACAAGGCUGACGAGGGCAGCCUUCGCCACCUCACCUACAAUCAGAGCCCGCCCGCCCUGGCCGCAAACCAAACCACUCGCCAGGACCUGAACGGUAUAUCAAAUCUGCGCGAGUAUGUUGCAGCCAGCCAAGACGAUGCGUCUGGAGCGGGAACCGGUGGGAUGCUUGGGGAAGCCGCCUUCAACGACAAAUUGCGCCGCCAGGCGGAGCCGCAGCUUCUGAUGCAGACGGCGCAUGCAAGACGAUGCGUUGGUGCAUCGCUCUUGCACUCCAAGGCGGUCCCUGGCUGCGGUGGCCAGAACCGCCUUGUCCGGGUUCACUCUUUGCGGUGCCUGGGGCGCCUCUGGAGCUGGUUGACCUGGAUUCUAUCCGUUCUCUUCUUCUCUUAUACGAUUUCUAGCGUUCAAAUGUCGACCUACUGGGCCAGAAAUGGGAGUCUUUGGCCCAAUGCUGAUCCCGCAGCACCCAUCUCCUCCACCAUUGCCAAUGCUUUUCAAGUGCUGGACAGCCGGGAAAUGAAUAGCCUUGAGAAGCGGUCUUCUUGCGCACCGGGUGGCAUCAACCAGGACCAGUACAACACCGGGCUUCACGUCGCCGCCCUCUUCAUCAUAUGGUUCGUGUCAACAUCAGGAUGCGCAUUUCCCAUAAUGGCUGCCAAGUUUCCCGGUUUGCGGAUCCCGCGACGUUUCUUCUUUGCUGUGCGCCACUUCGGAACUGGAGUUCUGAUUGCAACUGCCUUCGUGCACUUGCUCCCCACAGCCUUUGUGUCCCUUGGGAACCCUUGCCUUGGGAAAUUCUGGACGGAAAAAUACAACGCAAUGCCCGGAGCAAUUGCUCUCGCUGCAAUCUUCCUGGUCGCCAUAAUUGAAAUGGUGUUUCAUCCGUCGAGACACGUUCCGCCUGCUGAUAUUCUUGCGAAACCCCGGGUCAAAGAGCGGGAAGAACUAGAGGCUACUGAUUCAGAGGGCCAUCCUAUCCGUGAUUUGGGACCUCUUCGGGGCCGAUCCAGCAGCCUGGCACAGGGACUCUCGCAGCUAAACCAAGCUCCUCUGGCCGGAGACGUGUCGGCAAGGGGGCUGGUUGCGGACCCUACGAUCGCCAAGGCGACAUCCAAUGACUGCCACCUUGUCACGGAACAAGGCGAACCCGAACAGGAUAUCUUGACCCCGGACCAAAAGCGCAAGAAGGACCGAUUGCAGUGUAUCUUGCUCGAGAUGGGUAUUCUAUUCCACAGCGUUUUUAUCGGCAUGGCUUUAAGCGUCAGCAUCGGAGACGACUUUGUCGUCUUGCUGAUUGCAAUCAUUUUUCACCAGACCUUUGAGGGUCUGGCGCUUGGUUCGAGAAUCUCCGCCAUUGGAUGGGGUGGCAAGACAUGGCAGCCAUGGCUUAUGGCAUUGGCAUACGGCCUCACGACGCCGAUCGGUCAGGCCAUCGGCCUCGCGACGCAUAUGCUCUACAGCCCCGACUCUGAAGCCGGCCUCAUCCUCGUUGGUGUCAUGAAUGCCAUUUCCGCAGGCCUGCUUACCUUUGCGUCCCUUGUCGAGCUGCUUUCGGAAGACUUUCUGAGCGAUGAGAGCUGGCGCCACCUCCGGGGUAAAAACCGGGUGGUUGCGUGCCUGCUGGUCUUCUUUGGUGCCUUUGGCAUGAGCCUCGUGGGUGCUUGGGCUUAA